AUGAUCAAAUUCGAAAAAUUGAGCGAGAGAAAGGACUCACAACCGGAUGUGGAUUUCCCAGGGACUCAAACAACGCCAAAGAUGCAAGUUAAACGAAACAUCAAGUUCGCAUUGGCAUUGGGAGAAUACUGCGUUAAAAAUAAUGCCUUCUAUCCGAAUACAACUUUCUUUUGGUAUUACGAAACGCUGAUUCAACAAAACACAGUCCAACAAUUCGCCUUUCUUCAUUUCAGUUCUGCUCUGUCGCCUUCUCUUCCUCCACCACCACCACCACCUCCUCCUCCUCCUCCUACUACUACUACCAACUGUUUCGGCAAGUGA